UUAUCACUCCUGCAGAGGAUCAUCUUCGAAAGUUUACAUAAGCACCAUCGUCGGGAAUUUUACUCCAGUGUUGCUUGUCUAGGCAAUAAUAUACAAUGCAUGAACUACUCGCUUUGGUGUGUUUGUUGUGUUACUCUUCUGUUACUGGGAAUUACCAAGAAGACUGGAGGACAUUGCACGGGAAUGUGGAUUCCCCUGACCAUGUGAAGGACCCGAUUACUGCUGACUCCUCCUUAAAUGACGGAUUUAUAAAGAUAAACAAUUUACAUGAUUCACACAAACAGUUGCUGAGUCAUUGGGUUGGUGGAAAAAGUAAAGUGGUCAUUUGUUUAGCUCGAGAUCCAGAACCCCUCAGAACUUCUCCAUCAACUGUUUUCAUAUCUUAUGACAAUGGUGGUAGUUAUAUCAAUAAAAAAGAAAACCUAAAGAUGUCUGAUGGAAAUUAUGCUGUGAUAAAUAAAUUUUAUUAUCAGCCCAAAAACCAAACACACCUUGUAUUCACCGACACGGAGAACAACUGGAUAUAUUUAACAAGGGAUUAUGGAAAAACAUUUGUAUCCUAUCCUUUAAAUUUUACGCCAGAGGAAGUGUCUUUCGAUGAUACAGAUCCCUCUACUUUUAUAAUUUUGGACAAAAAUCAUAAGCUAUGGAUAACGGAGGAUUUCGGAAAGACGUUCAAUGAAAAUGGUGAAUCCUUCAAAUCGGUUCAUUGGAUGAAGAAUCACAACGGACAUAAUCGCCUGAUUCUACAAAAGAUGGAACUGAAUAAUCUCAGCACAGUGAUCUAUUCAGAUAAUUUGUUCAAAAAAGAACAGCGUCUUUACACCACCGAUGUGAAAGAUUUAUUCUUCAACGGAAAUUUAUUGUUCACAACAAGAGUUGACGAUGAAGGAAAUUUGACCUUAUACGUCUCUUUGAAUUUGGGAAAGCAAUUCCGAUGUAUUUUUGAAUCCACACAGAAAUUCCUCAGCUUUUUCGUUGUAGACGUUUCGGAAAAUCGAGCUCUAAUUGUUGCCUGCCAUUCGAAUAAAUCGUCCACUUUAUACGUGUCCGAAGACUUGAGAAGUAUCAACGAAACAAUUCGAUUCGCUCCAUCACUUAAGAAUGUUUUCGCGUUCUUUCCAUCCAUCAGCUUCCAAAAUACAUGGUUACCAGAUGUGUCUAACGAAUCAUUUGUGGAUGUAUACAAAGUAAAAGGACUAAACGGCAUUUAUAUUGCUUCGCAGCAAAUUCAACAACCGGACGAUAAUUUCUUGAAUUCAGGAAAUUUGAGAUCUCUCAUCACAUUCGAUAAUGGGAUUUCAUGGCGUCCCAUCGUAGCUCCUCAGACCAAUCAACGAGGAGCCUCGACUGGUUGCGUGUUAUCCCAAAAUUGUUCCUUACACUUGACUCAAAAAUUGAAUGAACUUUCUCCUGUUGCCAGAACAAUGAGUAUCCUUUCUAGUAAGGCUGCACCAGGAGUGAUCUUGGCUACUGGUGUUAUGGGAAAUAAUUUGGAAGGUCAACACGAUGUUUAUAUUAGCGUUGAUGCCGGUCUCACUUGGAGGCAAACUCUAAAAGGUAGUCAUCUAUACAGAAUAGGCGACCAUGGAGGCAUUCUCGUUGCAGUAGAAUAUUUUGAAGAUGAGGCAAUCAGAGUCAUCAAAUAUUCAACCGAUGAAGGUACACAUUGGAAAGAAAUCAUUUUCCAACAUGACCAUAUGAAUUUGCACGAGCUCUCGAGUGCAACAGAUGAAAGCACUAUUUUCACGAUGUUUGGUUCACUCCCAGACAAACAGGAAUGGAUGAUAGUAACAGUUGAUUUGAAAAUGGUUUUCAACCGGACUUGUUCUAAGAACGACUUCACAGUAUGGUUUCCUAGGCAAAGGACAGAAAGCAGUAGUUAUUACAUACCUUGUGUUCUUGGUCAACAAACAACCUAUGAACGGAAAAUUCCUCUGGCCAACUGUCUCCAUGGUUUGAGUUAUGUCAGAAAUAUCUCCAAACAGACUUGUAAUUGUGAUAUCGAUGAUUUUGAAUGCGAUGCUGGAUUUUCAUCUGCAGGCAUUCCCCUUCUAUGUUUCCUUACCAAACCACUGGACAGUUACAAUCCGUAUAAGACUCCACCAGAUUGCAAACCAGGUCAGUUUUAUAACCGAACAAGAGGAUAUCGAAAAAUAGCUGGAGAUUUUUGCAGUGGCGGUUUCGAAAAACUCUACUUGCCUGACAAAGUCCCUUGUCCAUUAAAAGAUGAAAAAGAAUUUCUUCUUCUCGGUCAAAAGGAAAGUAUUUUACGAUACAACUUCUCCUCUAAAACAUUAGAACAAUUUUCUACCCAAUAUUUGAAAAAUGUUUCCUCUGUUGAUUUCGAUAUAACAUCUAAUUGUGCCUACUGGACAGAUGAUACAAUAGGUGUAGAAAAGCAAUGUUUAGGAUAUGACAAUACUACAAAAACAUUGGUUUAUAGAGGCUUGAAUUACGUCUCAGGAACAUCUCUGGACUGGAUAUCGAAAACGCUUUUUUAUAUAGUGGAUGGAAAUAGUAUUGAAAUACAAGUGAUCAGAGUAAACUUUACCAUCAGGGGUGUAACUACUUUAUUAAACUCUACUGUUUUACGAAGACCAAGAGGCAUUGUAGUUCACCCCAUAGCUGGUUAUAUAUUUUGGGGUGAUUGGUCGGUUAACAAUGCAACAAUCAACAGAGCUGACUCAGAUGGAAGUAACGUGAAAACAUUAUUUGGUAGAGAUAAGGUCGAAAUGCCCAGUAGUUUAACAAUUGAUUAUGUCGCCAAUAGACUUUACUGGGUAGAUGCUCGAAGAGAAUAUAUUGGUAGCAGUGAUUUGCAAGGUUAUGGUUUCUUGAAAAUUGUUUCAGAUAACGAAUUCGUAUCGUAUCCAGUUUCUAUAGCGGUUUUGAACAACAGUCUCUACUGGAAUCACCGAAAAAAUAAUUCUAUUUUAAAAGCAGACAAAAUCUCCUUCAAAAGUGUAGAAACUGUACUAGAACAAAUACCGGAUAUAAUGAGCCUGAAAGCUAUCUCUAGUAAUAUUCAAACAGGUAUGAAUGGAUGUAGCAAUUCCUCGUGUCCCUACAUUUGCGUAAGUUUACCCAACAACAAUUUCGCUUGCUUGUGUCCGGAUGGACUGGUAUUGGAAGAGGGAAAAUGCGUGUGCCCUAAUAAGAAACAUUUUACAUGCGGGAACUUCAGAUGUGUACCUAAAAUUUUGAAAUGUGAUGGAAUUAGCGAUUGUGAGGAUAGUUCUGAUGAGGAACAAUGCGAAGUAAUCACCUGCCGGGAUUCGUAUUUUCUUUGCAAUGAUAGAAAAUGUAUUCCCAUGAACCAGAGGUGUGACUUUUACGAAGAUUGUUCUGAUGGAUCAGAUGAAGUUGGAUGUCCAAGUUACAAUAAUUGCACCGCCGAUCAAUUUUUUUGUGAUAAUACAAGGUGUAUUUGGGACACAUGGCUAUGUGAUGGUGAUAAUGAUUGCUUUGAUGAGUCUGAUGAAAAAAAUUGUGAAUCUAGAGGUCCUGAGGCGUGUAAAGCUGAUCAAUUCCAUUGCACAAGUGGUACCUGUAUACCGUUACGUUGGAAAUGUGAUAUGGAGAAGGACUGUCCUGACAAUUCUGACGAGAUGGGUUGCGAGGUUCAUAGAUGUUCUUCAUUUGAAUUUCCUUGUGGGCAUCCUCACUAUCAUUGUAUUUAUGAAGGUUGGGUUUGUGAUGGCGAAAAAGACUGCAGGGAUGGUAGCGACGAAGUUAAUUGUACUGCAACUACAAGUACAACUAAAGUGCCGAAAAAACAAAUUGUUAACGAGUUUCCUUGUAAAAAUGGACGUUAUGUAUCAUUAUCAGCUAAAUGCGACCGGCAAAAUGACUGCGGUGAUUAUUCCGAUGAAGCAGAUUGCUGGAAUGAAACUUGUUCUGAGGGGCAGUUUUCUUGCGGACCUCAUCAAAAUAUUAGCAAUCAAUGCGUUCAUAAAACUAUGAUUUGUGAUGGUAUCCAGCAAUGCGCAAAUGGCAGAGAUGAAGUCAAUUGUUCAACAACGACGAAGAAACCGAACGAAUCAACAACGAAUCCUACCGAAACGACGACGUAUCGUUUGAAAAAGUCCUGUUACUACUGGAUGUUUCCGUGCAAAAACAAACGCUGUAUUCCUCUCUGGUGGAAAUGUGAUGGUGCUAACGAUUGUGCUGACAAUAGCGAUGAAGAAGAGUGUACCACCAUAAAUCACCGUGUAUUUGAGACUAAUGGAAGUUAAAAUGGCCACUUUACUCAAUUAUGGAAUAUGAUAAUUAUAAAUUUUUAUAAUUCAUCUCUUACUGCAAUUUUUAUAUUUUAUAAAUGUGCAAAAAUGGUUACCUACACAAAA